AUGUCACUGACAGUCCCAGCUAUGUAUGAGUAUCAAUUGGAGUCACACUUUGAGCACUACUGCCGAAUGAAUGGAGGGCAAAGAUUAGCAUUUGUACCUGUAGUAGCAGUUAUAUUUAAAUACAAUUACUCCAUUAUUAUUUGUGUAUUGUUAUUGAUAUUACAGUGUUGUCAAGUUGGUGUAACACUAAAUUACAUUCACUCAGUCUCAAAAGAGUUGCUACAAGAAGAAUUGAAAAAAUUAGAAAUUUUACCUACUGAUCUAGAUGGACCAGAUUUAAUUCAAGUGCUCAAUGGUUUGUAUCCUCACGAUAUCGGGCAUUAUUUAGGAAUGGACGUACAUGACACGCCCCUUCUGUCUCAUAACGUGGUUCUUCAGCCUGGUAUGGUAAUUACUGUAGAACCAGGUGCCUAUGUUAGGAGGGACUUCCCCAUUAAAAACCACAUCAAAGCUAAAGAGUUUCUUGGAGCUGCUGUAAGAAUUGAAGAUGAUGUCCUCAUUACUUCUGAUGGACCUCAAGUACUGAACAAAGGGACACCUCAAACUGUUGAGGAAAUAAGUGCAUUAAUUAAUAAAUAA